ACAGCUGCCCCAGGAGGGGCAGAGCUGCCCAGGGCUUAUGAGCAUCGUGGCUCUGCCUGGAGUUGAUGGCCUCGGUUGUCCAGUCUCAUCAGACCUGAGCCUGUAUAAACUUAGGAGACAGCCCCAGACUCUGUGGACCUCAUUAGACUUCCAAAGAAGACUGGGUCACCAGGAGGGCUCUCAGGACAUUAUCAAGGCACUCAUUUUUGUGGCUGCUACCAGGUAACAAUGGCUGUGUGAGUGUCUGCCAUGGCCCACCGCAAGUGCCAGAACACUGCGAGCAGCAUGUUGGACCACAGGGCCAGGCCAGCUCCUAUCCCCCGCGACCAGGAGCCUGAGAACGAGGAUGCAGAACUGCCCCUGGAGACCUAUGUACCCACGGGCCUGGAGCUGGCCACUCUACGGCCAGAGAGCCCCACGCCUGAGGAGCAAGAGUGCCAUAACCAUAGCCCCGAUGGGGACUCCAGCUCUGACUAUGUAAACAACACAUCUGAGGAGGAGGACUAUGAUGAGGGCCUCCCUGAGGAGGAGGAGGGUGUUACCUACUACAUUCGCUAUUGUCCUGAGGAUGACAGUUACCUAGAGGGCAUGGACUGUAAUGGGGAGGAGUACAUAGCCCAUGGUGCGCAUCCCGUGGAUACCGACGAGUGUCAGGAGGCGGUGGAGGAGUGGACGGACUCAGUGGGCCCUCAUACUCAUAGCCACGGGGAUGAAAACAGCCAGGAGUACCCAGACAGCCACCUGCCUAUCCCAGAGGAUGACCCUUCUGUCCUGGAGGUCCACGACCAGGAAGAAGAUGGCCACUACUGUUCCAGCAAAGAGAGUUACCAGGACUACUACCCGACAGAGACCAAUGGGGACACAGGUGGCGCCUCCCCGUAUCGCAUGAGGCGUGGGGACGGGGACCUGGAGGAGCAGGAGGAAGACAUCGACCAGAUAGUGGCCGAGAUCAAGAUGAGCCUAAGCAUGACCAGCAUCACCAGCGCCAGUGAGGCCAGCCCUGAGCACAUGCCUGAGCUGGGUCCUGAGGACUCCACAGAGGCCGGUCCACCCAGCGAGACCAGCCACGGACCCAGCAGGCAUGAGGGAAGACCCAAGUCCCUGAACAUUCCCCCUGAGGCUAAGCACCCUGGAGACCCCCAGAGAGGACUGAAGACCAAGACCAGGACCCCAGAGGAAAGGCCAAAGUGGCCCCAAGAGCAGGUUUGCAAUGGCUUGGAGCAGCCAAGGAAGCAGCAGCGCUCUGAUCUCAAUGGACCUACUGACAAUAACAACAUCCCAGAGACGAAGAAGGUGGCAUCCUUUCCAAGCUUCGUGGCUGUUCCAGGCCCCUGUGAGCCAGAAGACCUCAUCGAUGGAAUCAUCUUUGCAGCCAACUACCUGGGCUCCACCCAGCUGCUCUCGGAGCGCAACCCCUCCAAAAACAUCCGAAUGAUGCAGGCUCAGGAGGCUGUCAGCAGGGUCAAGAGGAUGCAGAAGGCUGCUAAGAUCAAGAAAAAAGCGAAUUCCGAAGGCGACGCUCAGACCCUGACAGAAGUAGACCUCUUCAUCUCAACCCAGAGGAUCAAAGUUCUAAACGCAGACACACAGGAGACCAUGAUGGACCACGCCUUGCGCACCAUCUCCUACAUUGCAGACAUUGGGAACAUCGUGGUUCUGAUGGCCAGGCGCCGCAUGCCCAGGUCAGCCUCUCAGGACUGCAUCGAGACCACGCCCGGGGCCCAGGAGGGGAAAAAGCAGUACAAAAUGAUCUGUCACGUGUUUGAGUCAGAGGAUGCCCAGCUGAUAGCCCAGUCUAUUGGGCAGGCCUUCAGUGUGGCCUACCAGGAGUUCCUGCGGGCCAAUGGCAUCAACCCGGAAGACCUGAGCCAGAAGGAAUACAGCGACAUCAUAAAUACCCAGGAGAUGUAUAACGAUGACCUCAUCCACUUCUCAAACUCGGAGAACUGCAAGGAGCUGCAGCUGGAGAAACACAAGGGUGAGAUUUUAGGUGUGGUGGUCGUGGAAUCGGGCUGGGGCUCCAUCCUACCCACGGUGAUCCUGGCGAACAUGAUGAACGGCGGCCCUGCAGCUCGCUCAGGGAAGCUGAGCAUUGGUGACCAGAUCAUGUCCAUCAAUGGUACCAGCCUGGUAGGGCUGCCCCUUGCUACCUGCCAGGGCAUCAUCAAGGGCCUGAAGAACCAAACACAGGUAAAGCUCAACAUUGUCAGCUGCCCCCCGGUCACCACAGUCCUCAUCAAGCGUCCGGACCUUAAGUACCAGUUGGGCUUCAGCGUGCAGAAUGGAAUUAUCUGCAGUCUCAUGAGAGGGGGCAUUGCGGAGCGAGGUGGUGUCCGCGUCGGCCACCGUAUCAUCGAGAUCAACGGACAGAGUGUGGUAGCCACAGCCCAUGAGAAGAUAGUCCAGGCUCUGUCUAACUCAGUCGGAGAGAUUCACAUGAAGACCAUGCCUGCAGCCAUGUUCAGGCUCCUCACAGGCCAGGAGACCCCGCUGUACAUCUAGGUACACCCAGCGUCGCCAUGGAGCAGGGACACCAGGCAGACCCCAACCCGGGCCCAGAGGAGCCAGAAGCCAGACAAAGCCCUGACCCCUGACCCUGCAGCCCAACCGAGAACUCUGGCUCCCCUGAAGGGUGUGUCCUU